AUGUCCCAGAGGAGGAUCUGCUACUGGCCGGGGCAGACGGACUGGGCUCGGGGCUGGCUGUUUCUGGACCUCGACGACAGCGACAGCGACAGCGACGACGAACUGAACGUGGCAGGCCUAGGAGCGACCACGUCCUGCUAUGACCCGUCCGCGGCUCUAGACGCUUGCUGCUGUUCGUACAAUCGGCCCUGGCGCCACACUCCUGAGGUCAAGUCUGGUUUCUCCAAAAUCGAGCGCAGCAAGGACGGCUUCAAGGUUACCUUGGACGUCCAACAUUUCAAAGAAGGGGAUUUGAAAGUGAAAGUGGUCGGCAACCAGGUGGUGGUUGAGGCGGAGCACGAUGAACGUCAAGAUGAGCACGGCCUCAUCUCACGCAGCCUGAGGCGCAAGUACGCGUUGCCGGAAGACGUGGAUAUCGAGAAAGUGGCAUCAGAACUAUCCUCAGACGGCAUCCUCACUAUCACUGCUCCGAAAAAGAUAAUGAAGGGACUUACUGAGGAAGAUAUUUUGAAGUUGCUUGAUGCAUCAGACUUAGAAGUAAGUGAUGAAGACGAUUGUGAAGAUUUUUUUGUGCCAGAAAAUAUUGGUGCAUCGAGUUCUGAUUCUGAUACAGAUGAAAUACCAGUUCAAACUGCAUCAGAAUCGUCAAGGAAUAAUAAUCAGCUGAAAGCGGACACUCUCAGUUCUCCACAAGUUAUAAAGAAGAAAAACCAAUCAGGUGGAAAAUAUCUGUGGAAGAAGAAAUUAUUUAAAGCUAAGCAUCACCCAGGACCAUUGGAGUUUUCUAGAAUGCAGAGCGAUCCGGGCCCUUCGCAUGAAAGUGAUGUGAUCGAAGAAGAUUCUAUACACAGUGAAGUGGCGAAACCAGAAUUGAAAGAUGCGUUCGUGUAUUUUGAAAGCCUCCUUCGCAACAGUAAUCGCAUCGCAGCAGAACCGUCAUCAUCAAUCAACGAAGAAGCCAUGGUAAUUGGGGAAGAAAUGUUCCAGAAUACGCUGCAAAUGCUCACCGAAAAAACCCUCGUUCAUGGUGAGGAACUGAUAGACAGUAAUGAAAUCGACGAUAAUAAUGCCUACGAAGACGCUGAAACGAGUCCCAUUGCCAACGAAUCAUCAGACGAAUACGAGCCGGACGAGAAGAAAAAAAAAGGGUACGACUAUAUUUUUCUGGAUUACAAAAUUAGAGCUGUCAAUCUGGCCAAAGAACAUCCAGGCUGGAGUCUCAAAACUCUACAAAAAAUGGGUGCUCUCGUUUGA